CAACACAUGCUGACACUAGUUCUUCAUCAGAAGAAAUAACUACAUUAAGAGCACCUGGCACAACAGAAUCAGCAUUUGGUCCCACUACAGCAGCACCAAUAACAGAGGCAUCAUCAUCUUUACCUGAAACAGUUGAAGUUAAGACAACCACUGUGAGAUCAUCCAAAACUACAGAAUCAUCUGCAGAAGCCCCAACAUUGUUGGUACCAACAACAAGUGCAACUACUUUAACACCAGCAGCAGUGACAACCACAGCAGCAACUGUUAGAAAUAAACCAGAAACAAUCAGGAUUACUACAACAGAAGAUAUAGUGUCAACAACAACAGGCCUGGCAGAGUCUGCUACUGCAUCCAAAGCAUCAACAUUUGUACCAGUGACAUCCAAAGACACAACAGAACCCUCACCAGCCCAAAAAGAAACUACAACAUUAAUGUCAGGGAAGCCAGUAACAGUGGUUCAUACCUCAGAAAUCUCCACCACUGCCAAAAGAGUGACACAAGAACCUACAACACAUGCUGACACUAGUUCUUCAACAACAGGAAUAACUACAUUAAGAGCACCUGGCACAACAGAGUCAACAUUUGCUCCCACUACAGCAGGACCUACAACAGAGGCAUCAUCACCUUUACCUGAAACAGAUGAAGUAAAGACAACAAUUGCAAAAUCAUUCAAAACUACAGAAUCAUCUGCAGAAGCCCCAACAUUGUUGGUACCAAUAAGUGCAACUAUUGCACCAUCCGCAGGAGAGACACCAGCAUUACCAGCAACUGCAGCAGGAACAAACACAGCAGCAACUGUUAGAAAUGUACCAGAAUCAACCAAGAAAGCUGGGGUUUCAUCUACUGUGUUACAUUCUAUGGCAGUAGAUACAGUCACAACAACAUCAUCAACAAGCUUAGUAGAGUCUGCUACGGCACCCAAAGCUUCAACCUUGACAUCAGCAUUGCCAGCAAAUGCAUCAGGGUCUACCACAUCAACAGCUGUUAGAAAUGAACCAGAAUCAACCAAGACUACACUAGCUGAGGGUUCAUCUACUGUAUUAUAUUCAGAAUAUAACACAACACUAAAAACAACACUAACGUCAAUGAAGACAGUUACAGUGACCCAUAACUCCACCACUGUAGCACCAACAACAGAGGACACAAAUACUGAUCCUCCUACCCUUGAGGAGGGAAGCAUACACUUAGGAUUCAGUCUAAAUGAAACUUUCAGAGAUGUAUAUAACAACCAGUCAUCCCCUGAAUUCAUUGAAUUGGCAUCUCAUGUGGUAACUGUGAUAAACAGAAUUUACAGGGCAAGCAAUCUCAAAGGAUACAAGCGAUGCAGAGUCAACGGUUUCAGUAAAGGCUCCAUUAAGGUUGAUAUGACUCUUAUCUUUGAGAAUACUUCGACAGUCCCAACCUCAUUUGUAGUAGAGACUAUUCUUAAUGGGACCGCUGUGAAUAGUAGCAUAUCUCUGGACAUAAUACUCGAUACUAUCAAAGCAGGGGAAGUAGUUACUUCUAGUACAGCAGCGCCUGUCACAACUGCUGAAUCUGCCACCCUAAGAUACACAUCGAGUACAAAUGAGAACACAAACACCACUUCUGGUGCCUUUCCAUGGAUUGUACGCUGCUCACUAUUGACUCUAUCUCCAGCCAUUACGAUUUUAUUAGCACAAACUAUGACAUUUUUGUAAGUUUACAAUGCACUAGUGAAGUUUACAAAAGAGAUCAAAUCAAAGACACUUUAUUUAAUGUAAUAUUUAACUGUUAAAAUAUGCAUAUUCUAUGAUAGAUUGUAUUUAGAUAAAGAAUGUCUUAUUACUUAUGGUAAGUCCUUCAUCUGAGAAGGACUAGUCAUCAGGGAUUUGUGCAAUUCAAUUAUUUGUGUCAGAUAAAAAAAAAAAUAUAUAUAUAUAUAUGUUGGUGUGGAACUCAAGUGUACAAGAUGUUCCACUUCAUUAU